AAAGAACAAACUUUAACACUGAUUUAUUUGGACCUAACUGGAAAACUUAAAAAAAUCAAAGUCUCUUGUACCAAGAAACAUCGGCCUCGUUUACCCAGAUCCAUCUCUGUACCAUACAUACCAACAGAUUCAUCCACAGACACAACUGGCUCCUCCUCCAAUACAGACACAGAUUCAUCCACAGACACAACUGACUCCUCCUCCAAUACAGACACAACAGAUUCAUCCACAGACACAACUGGCUCCUCCUCCAAUACAGACACAACAGAUUCAUCCACAGACACAACUGGCUCCUCCUCCAAUACAGACACAACAGAUUCAUCCACAGACACAACUGACUCCUCCUCCAAUACAGACACAACUGACUCUGAAACUAAAACUACAACUACAACUAUUAAAUCUCCUCCUGCCACAACCACGUUAGCUGUUACUACAACAGAAGUGACUACCACACCUAUACUUACAACAUCUGCUACAACAUCAAGCCCAACCACUACAGUAGCUGCUACGACUACAGAUAUGCCUACAACUACAUUAGCUGAUACUACAACAUUAGCUGACACAACAACAUCUGUUCCUACUACUACAUUAGCUGACACAACAACAUCUGUUCCUACUACAACAUCUGUUCCUACUACAACAUCUGUUCUUACUACUACAUUAGCUGACACAACAACAUCUGGCCAAAACACUACAUUAACUCAUACUACAAUAUCAGAAAUUACUAAUAUAAUAUCAGUCCCUACAACAUCUGCUAUAACAUCCAUCCCUACCACAACAUUAGCAGAUACUACAACAGUAGGAAUUACUACCACAUCAGUCCCUACAACAUAUACUACAACAUCCAUCCCUACCACUACAUUAGCUGAUACUACAACAUCAGAAGUCACAACUAAAUUGUUCCCUACAACAUCUGCAACAACAUCUGGCCAAACCACUACAUUAGCUGAUACUACAACAUCCGAAAUUACUACUACAUCAGUCCCUACGACAUCUGCCACAUCAUCCAUCCCUACCACUACAUUAGCAGAUACUACAACAUCAGAAGUUACAACUACAGCAGUCCCUAUAACAUCUGCUAUAACAUCCAUCCCUACCACUACAUUUGCUGAUACGACAACAUCAGAAGUUACAACUACAUCAGUCCCUAUAACAUCUGUUCCAACAUCAAUCCCUACCACUACAGUAGCUGCUACGACUACAGAUAUGCCUAAAACAACAUUAGCUGCUACUACAACAUUAGCUGAUACUACAACAUUAGCUGACACAACAACAUCUGUUCCUACUACUACAUUAGCUGACCCAACAACAUCAGAAAUUACAACUACAUCAGAACCUACAACAUCUGCCACAUCAUCCAUCCCUACCACAACAUUAACUGAUACUACAACAUCAGAAGUCACAACUAAAUUGUUCCCUACAACAUCUGCAACAACAUCUGGCCAAACCACUACAUUAGCUGAUACUACAACAUCCGAAAUUACUACUACAUCAGUCCCUACGACAUCUGCCACAUCAUCCAUCCCUACCACAACAUUAGCUCAUACUACAACAUCACAAAUUACUACCACAUUAGACCCUACAACAUCUGCAAAAACAUCCAUCCCUACCACAACAUUAGCUGAUACUACAACAUCAGAAGUCACAACUAAAUUGUUCCCUACAUCUGCAACAACAUCUGGCCAAACCACUACAUUAACUCAUACUACAAUAUCAGAAAUUACUACUACAUCAGUUCCUACAACAUCUGCUAUAACAUCAAUCCCUACCACUACAGUAGCUGAUACCUCAAAAUCAGAAGUCACAACUAAAUUGUUCCCUACUACAACCAUCCCCACCACUACAUUAGCUGACACAACAACAUCAGAAGUUACUACCACAUCAGACCCUAAAACAUCUGCAACAACAUCCAUCCCAACCACUACACUAGCUGAUACUACAAUAUCAGAAAUUACUACUACAUCAGUCCAUACGACUUCUGCAACAACAUCCUUCCCUUCCACAACAUUAGCUGACACAACUACAUUAGCUGAUACUACAACAUUAGCUGCUACUACAACAUCCAUCCCUACCACAACAUUAGCUGACACAACAACAUCAGAAAUUACUACCACAUCAGACCCUACAACAUCUGCAACAACAUCCAUCCCAACCACAAUAUUAGCUGAUACUACAACAUCAGAAGUCACAACUAAAUUGUUCCCUACAACAUCUGCAACAACAUCUGGCCAAACCACUACAUUAGCUGAUACUACAACAUCCGAAAUUACUACUACAUCAGUCCCUACGACAUCUGCCACAUCAUCCAUCCCUACCACAACAUUAGCUCAUACUACAACAUCACAAAUUACUACCACAUCAGACCCUACAACAUCUGCAAAAACAUCCAUCCCUACCACAACAUUAGCUGAUACUACAACAUCAGAAGUCACAACUAAAUUGUUCCCUACAACAUCUGUUCCUACUACAACAUUAGCUGACACAACAACAUCUGUUCCUACUACAACAUUAGCUGAUACUACAACAUCAGAAGUUACUACUAAAUUGUUCCCUACAACAUCUGCAACAACAUCUGGCCAAACCACUACAUUAGCUGAUACUACAACAUCAGGAAUUACUACCACAUCAGACCCUACAACAUCUGCAACAACAUCCAUCCCAACCACCACAUUAACUGAUACUACAACAUUAGCUGCUUCUACAACAUCAGAGAUAACAACUACAUCAGUCCCUACGACAUCUGCAACAACAUCUAUCCCUACUACUACAGUAGCUGAUACUACAACAUCAGAAGUCACAACUAAAUUGUUCCCUACAACAUCUGUUCCUACUACUACAUUAGCUGACACAACAACAUCUGUUCCUACUACAACAUUAGCUGCUUCUACAACAUCCAUCCCCACCACUACAUUAGCGGACACAACAACACCAGAAGUUACUACUACAUCAGUCCCUACAACAUAUGCUACAACAUCCAUCCCUACCACAAUAUUAGCUGAUAUCUCAACAUCAGAAGUCAACAUCAACAUCUGGCCAAACCACUACAUUAGCUGA